AUGGCGGCAGCGGCGGCGGCUGCGGCGGCGGCCGAGCAGCAGAGUUCCAAUGGGCCUGUAAAGAAAUCCAUGCGAGAGAAGGCUGUUGAGAGAAGAAAUGUCAAUAAAGAGCACAACAGUAACUUUAAAGCCGGAUAUAUUCCAAUUGAUGAAGAUCGGCUGCAUAAAACCGGAUUGAGGGGGAGAAAAGGCAACCUAGCCAUCUGUGUGAUUGUCCUCUUGUUUAUCCUGGCUGUCAUCAAUCUAGUUAUAACUCUUGUCAUCUGGGCUGUGAUUCGCAUUGGACCAAAUGGCUGUGACAGCAUGGAGUUCCAUGAAAGUGGUCUUCUUCGAUUUAAACAAGUAUCUGACAUGGGAGUUAUUCAUCCUCUUUAUAAGAGUACAGUAGGAGGAAGGCGAAAUGAAAACUUGGUCAUCACUGGCAACAACCAGCCUAUUGUUUUUCAGCAAGGGACAACAAAGCUCAGUGUAGAAAAGAACAAAACUUCUAUCACAAGUGACAUUGGAAUGCAGUUUUUCGACCCCAGGACUCAAAAUAUCUUGUUCAGCACAGACUAUGAAACUCAUGAGUUUCAUUUGCCAAGCGGAGUGAAGAGUUUGAACGUUCAAAAAGCAUCUACUGAAAGGAUUACCAGCAAUGCUACCAGUGAUUUAAAUAUAAAAGUUGAUGGGCGUGCUAUUGUGCGUGGAAAUGAAGGAGUAUUCAUCAUGGGAAAAACCAUUGAAUUUCACAUGGGUGGAAACAUGGAAUUAAAAGCUGAAAACAGCAUCAUCCUAAAUGGGACUGUGAUGGUCAGCACAAGCCGUCUACCUAGUUCGUCCAGUGGAGAGCAGCCAGUGGGUGACUGGGUGCGCUUCAAGCUCUGCAUGUGUGCUGACGGGACACUCUUCAAGGUGCAAGUAACCAACCACAACAUGGGCUGCCAGAUCUCAGACAAUCCUUGUGGAAACACACAUUAGAAGAACUCUAGAGGUCGUCAGUAUAUUCAUAUCUUGCCUUUUUAAAAAAUAUGCAUGCAAAUCAUGUUUUUACAGAGUUUGUGAUAACUCGUAAUUAUUUUACCUGGAGGUCACUACUGUUAUUAUGUAGUCUCCAUAAUUAAAACAUUUUUCAGUGCCUGAA